AUGUCUGGUCGCAACUUGCCACACCGUGAUCGGGGCGGGGAUCGUGGAAGGGACCGUGGCUCUCGUGGAGGACGUGGUUUCAGCGGUGAUCGUGGAUCCAGCAGUGACCGUGGCGGUCAUGGCGGAUAUCAACCCGGUCCAUCCAAGAUGAUCACUACGCCCGCCUCGCCUCCCGAUGCGAAAUGCAUCAGUUACGAGAACCUGUAUGCCAAGGACACCGCAAAGGAUACCCAGAAGGCCGGUCAACUUGCUCGCCGCCCCGGUUAUGGAACCGCAGGCAAAGCCAUGGUGCUCCGGGCCAACUUCUUCGAGAUGUCAUUCAACCCAAAGCAGGAGUAUCACUCCUACCGUGUGGACAUCACUGUAAAGAAGGAUGUCGGCGAGGAUAGCAGCAAGAUCAAAUGCGAGGACAGUGAUACCAGUUUCAAGCAUGCUGAUAAGGUCCCCAAGGCGCAUCGCCAGUUCUUGAUGGACGCUCUCUUGCAGCAAGCACGCUUUCAGGGGAAAAUCGGCACUGCUACAGAUGGAACCACUGAGAUUGUUGUGAACGAGCCAUUGAAGGACACCUCGACCUUCUAUCGUCGCAUUGGUGACCGUGGUGUUCCUCCUGGUGACAAACGGCCCAUUUACAAAGUCACGCUCAUCUACCAGGGCUUUCUGAAGCCCGUUAACUUCGUGAAGCUUCUACAGGAUCCCAAGCAACGGGGUGCGAUGGGAAACGAGACAAUGGUGCUGCGUGUCUUGAACAUUGUGAUGAGUGCGCACCCGUACAAAGACCCUGGCAUUUACAUUUCCGGCAAAGGACGCACCAAGUUCUUCCGCAUGGGCCCAGGAAAGGAGGUUGAGUCAAUGGGCGGUGGUGUUGAGGCUGCUCGUGGCUACUACUCCAGUGUUCGCUUUGGCACUGGCAAGAUCCUGCUAAACCUGAAUGUCAAUCAUGGAUCUUUCUACAGGCCCAUUCCCCUGAGCACACUGAUCAAGGAGUACAUGAGUGUUUUUGGUGAGGAUCGUGAUCACCUUGGACGCUACCUCAAAGGGCUAAAGAUCUAUGUGACUCAUCUUCCUAAGCGUGAGGAUGCCUUCGGCAAAAAACAGUAUGUCAUCAAGUCGAUUCUCGGUGUUGCCACUCCACAGGACGGAAAGGUCAAAGGCGCCAACCCCAAGGAACUUCCCCGUGUCAAGCGACUUGCUUCCUCGCCGGGCAAUGUUGAAUUCUUCAUGAACCAAGAAGGCAGACCUUCACGAUAUGUCUCUGUCCUCGAGUAUUUUGAGAAGACCUACAACAUCAGAAUCAAGUACCAUGACAUGCCCGUUGUCAACGUCGGUAACCUGGCACAUCCCAAUUAUCUGCCGCUGGAUGUCUGUGAGGUUGUUCCUGGUCAACCCUUUGCUGGGGAGCUGUCCAAUUCUCAACGGCAGGCAAUGAUCAAGUUCAGUUGCCGCAGACCGCCUAUGAACUACGAUUCAAUCACCACCGACGGUCUUGGAAUCAUGGGAAUCACCGGCGGCAAAACCAUUGAACGAGGAAUUAAGGUCAUCCCUGACAUGGUCACUGUCCCAGCCCGGAUCCUGAACACCCCUAUGUUGAAGUAUGGAACCCAAAAGACGACUCCCCGGUUUGGCUCUUGGAACCUGGCAAACACGAAAUUCUGCAGCGGUGCCACCAUUCCAACGUGGGCUUGUAUCUGGCUUCGGAAGGGUCGAGACUCGUUUGAAAAUCCGGUUGUGUGCAUGAGCAGGUUCACCAAGAAGCUCCGAGAACACGGCCUGAGAAUGCCCGAUUCCACCAUGAACUUACAGGCGUCACUCUCUGGAGGCCCCGGAAGCGAACGCGAGAACCGGAACAAAAUCAAGGAUUUGUUCGACAAGAUGAAGACCGGGAACAUCAAGUUCGCUGUCGUUCUUCUCCCCGAUACAGCCAGCGGUGUGUUCGACUGGAUCAAGUUCUGUGGAGACGUCAAGAGCGGCAUCCUUACUCACUGUAUGCUGGCUGCAAAGCUGGGCAAAGUUGAAGACCAAUACAUUAGCAACAAUGCUAUGAAGGUCAACCUAAAGUUCGGUGGCGCCAAUCAAGUACUUGACGGAUCCCACUCCAAGUUCGUUGGACAAGGAAAGACCAUGGUUGUUGGCUUGGAUGUCACUCAUCCUACCAGCACAGACCACAUGAAUUGGCCUAGUGUUGCAGGAAUUGUUGCCUCAAUUGACGGUCGCAUGGCUCAAUGGCCCGGUGAAAUCAUGAUCCAAGGGCGCCGUGUGGAACACGUUGAGGUUCUCCAGACGUUGAUGGAAAGACGACUGAAGUUGUGGAAGGAUAACAAUGGAAGCUUGCCGAUGAACAUUCUCGUUUACCGCGAUGGUAUCAGUGAAGGCCAGUUCGACGUGGUCCUGAACUUCGAACUUCCAUUGAUUAAGGCGGCAUGCAAGAAUUUCUACGACAAGACUGAGCCCUACAUCACCAUUGUCGUCUGUGGAAAACGUCACAAUGUACGCUUCUAUCCCACAACUGAAAAGGACCAGGAUCGCACUCAGAAUCCCAUCAAUGGAUGCAUUGUUGAUCGCAUUGUCACCCGCCCUAUGUAUUGGGACUUCUACCUGCAGGCUCAGGCACCUCUCCAAGGCUCCGCUCGCCCAGCUCACUACAUUGUCAUCCACGACGAGAUCUUCAGGAGCCCAAAGGCCAACCCGGAGUCCGCUAAGGCUGCUGACUCGCUGCAAGAAUUGACUCACAACAUCUGUUACAUGAUGGGUCGUGCCACUCGCUCCAUCAGUUAUGCCACCCCUGCCUUCCUUGCUGACAAGAUGUGUGACCGAGCGCGCAAGUAUAUGCUUGCUGAAUACUUCUCAGAGACUCUACCACACGGACCCGGCUCUGAUGGAAAGUACCCUCCACCCCCGGCUAAUACGGUGCGGUUGCAUGAGACAAUUCUCUCCAGAAUGGCUUACAUCUAA